CCGCCACAUGUAUAAAUAUGGGAUCUCCCUCCUUUUGGAUCGCACACUUGUCCGGUUAUCGCGCCGCGCGGGAGUCCGGGCGGAUCGUCUGAAUUCUAUAGUCAUAUGUGGCACAGUCCAGUUCGUGCGUGGACGCAGAAUUUUUGGGAGGUAAAGAAGGAAAGAGGCAGGCGGGAUCGUUUUUGUGAAGCAGAUCGAUCGGGGAUUUGAUGGACGCCUGAUCAGCGGAUGUGAUGCCCAUGUAUAUCAUCGACCGAAAAUUUCCCGACGCACCUGGUGAGUUGAGACAGCUGACAGCUGAAGGAGGACACCCGACAAUGACAGAGACAAACCCCCCCAAGAAGCACCGCUGGACUGCCCUGGAGAGUGGUCUCAUUACCAUUGUCUCAUUGCUCUUCAUCAUCAUCGUCGUGCUCAUCAUCCUCUUUGCCACACAUAAGACUUAUGAAAUCUGUACCACAGCUGACUGCACACAAUCAGCAUCUCGUCUUAUUGAGAAUAUGGAUGCUAAUGUGGACCCAUGCGAUAACUUCUAUCAGUAUGCCUGUGGAGGAUGGCUUAAAAAGAACAUUAUUCCAGAGACCAGCUCAAGAUACAGCACCUUUGACAUCUUACGAGAAGAACUGGAUGUCAUACUAAAAGGUGUCCUUGAAAAAACAGGGGAAGGAGAAGCUGCAGCUCUCACCAAGGCUAAGACUCUCUACAAGUCCUGUACUAAUGACACUUUAAUUGAGGUGAGAGGAGGGACUCCGUUGCUUGAAAUGCUGCAUGACAUAUUUGAGUGGCCCAUAGCUACGGACAACUGGGAGACAGACUACGGUAAAACAUGGAGGCUGGAGGACGCCAUAGCGAAGCUGAAUGAGAAAUACGGAACUCACCUCUUGGUUAACUUUUAUGUCGGCUCAGAUGACAGAGACUCAAAUACACACAUCAUUCAUUUUGACCAGCAGAGCAGUCUUGGCCUCUUAUCCAGAGAUUACUACGCCUGCACAGGACCUUAUGCAGAGGCCUGUCGAGCCUAUAAGCAGUUCAUGACGGACUUGGCAAAACUGAUCCGCACUGACCGAAAACUGGCCAUCAAUGAGACUCGCAUUCAAGAGGAUGUGGCAACAAUCAUGGAACUUGAGACGGACAUCGCCAAUGCAACUGAUACUCCGGAGGAUCGUAGCAACCCAGUGCUGCUUUAUAAUAAGAUGGAGUUGGGACAACUAAAUGCUAACUUCACCCUUGAGGUUGAAUCAAAGGUAUUUGACUGGAGCUACUUCACAGCAAAGAUAAUGGAUACAGUUAACAUCACAGUUCCUGACACCGAGAACAUCAUCAACUACUCCCCCAACUAUUUUAGAAGACUCAAGGGUGUCUUGGCCAAAUAUACCAAAAGGGAUUUGCAGAACUACAUGGUAUGGAGGUUUGCUAUGAACAUGGUGGUGGGCUUGAGCAGAGCUUACAGGGACACGAGGAAAGCUUACCGCAAGGCUCUGUUUGGUACUACAUCAGAGGCAGCACUGUGGCGACAGUGUGCACAUUAUGUCAACAACAACCUAGAGAACGCUGUGGGGCGGCUGUAUGUGGAGCAGGCUUUCUCUGAGAAGAGCAAAGAACUGAUGGAGGAGAUGAUUGCAGAUAUUCGGGCAGAGUUUAUUGCUAAUCUUGAAGACCUGACUUGGAUGGAUGCAGAGACCAAGAAAGCAGCUAAGGAGAAGGCACUCGCCAUUCGGGAACGAAUCGGCUAUUCUGACAACAUCAUGAAUGAUGAAUUCCUGAACAAAGAGUACAAAGAGCUGAGCUACAGUGCAGACAAGCACUUUGAAAACAUCCUACAGAAUCUGCAGUAUAUGCAGAAGAGACGCCUGCGGAAACUCAGAGUUAAAGUCAACAAAGAGGAAUGGAUAACUGGAGCUGCAGUUGUCAAUGCCUUUUACUCAACCAGUAAAAAUCAAAUAGUAUUCCCUGCAGGUAUCUUACAGCCUCCAUUCUUCAGUAAAGGUCAAGCAAAAUCUCUCAGUUACGGUGGCAUCGGGAUGGUAAUUGGACAUGAGAUCACGCACGGUUUUGAUGACAAUGGUCGGAACUACGAUAAAGACGGGGAUCUGAAGGAAUGGUGGACUCCAGAGUCCACUCAGAGGUUUCUGGAGCUGUCAAAGUGCAUUGUGGACCAAUAUGGCAAUUUCUCCUGGGACAAGGCUGGGGGACUUCAUUUAAAUGGUAACAACACCCUCGGGGAGAACAUCGCUGACAAUGGAGGAAUACGACAGGCUUAUCAGGCUUACAAGAAGCAUGUGAGUAAGCAUGGAGAGGAGCCACCUCUGCCUGGCAUUGACCUUUCCCAUGAUCAGCUCUUCUUCCUUAACUUUGCUCAGGUAUGGUGUGUUAAACACAGACCAGAGCAAGCUGUUAAUUCCCUGAAAAUAGAUGUUCACAGCCCAGAGGAAUUCAGGGUACUGGGCACCCUUCAGAAUUUCCCAGAAUUUGCCAAAGCAUUCAGCUGCAAGAAGAACAGCUACAUGGUCCCUGAGAAGAUCUGCCGCGUUUGGUGAUCCAUGGCCCUGUUGGGAUGGGGAUGCCGGUAUUGACCACGGUCUAUGAUGUCCCCCACAAGACCUCUCCCCUCUGACUAUCAGUGCACUCACGGCGCUGUAGGGAAGAGGAUGCUCCAUUUUACUGGAUGGGCCAGAACUGGUGUUGUGACACUGCGGUAUGCACUUCCUCCUAGGAGAGCAGUGGAUUGCAUUCUCAUGGACAGAUGGAGAACUGUCUCUCUGACUCUGAUGCCAUCACUCAUUUUAUUAGUCUGAGUAUCUUGAUUCUCAGUGGAUACAAUCACUCCUAUGUUUUUUCUUAUUAUUUUAAAAAGUUACCUCUCUGUCUCCAUCUUUUGUAUGAUUUUUUUUCCUAAUUUUUGAGGAUGUCAGUGUGUAUUUCAGUGAAAAUACUGUAGAACACGUUACAAAAUAGAUGCAGAAAAAUUAAAGCACAUAAAACCCACGAGCACUAUUAACACACCACAAUCCCACUUCCACUCAAAAACAUGAAAUCGGGCUGAACCACUGCACUGUAUGUGGGAUGGAGGUAUAUGUUUGUACUUAAACCUUCAGCUAUUGUGAUGAAGUGCACUGUACAUUGAACUAGACUAGCAUCAUUUAAAAGAAGUCUCCACUUUGUUUGUAAUCAUGUAAUGCACAGUACUGCUGUGUAUUUGAUGUUAACAACCAGUAGCUGCGGUUCCUUUGCAGCAUAUCAAAUAAACCAAAAUUAAAUGUUUACCUUGGAUUUGGAAGAUGGUCAUAAA